CCACGUCACGGAGUCACUUGUCACAUCACAUCGCGAUAUUUUUGUGGCUCUUUUGGGUGUGUGCUUUCUUCAUGUGUGUUGUGCUACUUAUGUGGACUAUUAGGUGAUACUCUUCUUUUUACUGGAUUGUGAUCCUAAACCGCAAACAUGCCGAAAUCGAUACUUGAAUAUGUUACUAAAUUAAUAGUUCCCGGUGAUGAUGUAUUGAUGAACGUCCGGGUGACGACGAUGGACGCGGAGCUGGAGUUCGCGAUCCAGCAGACGACCACUGGCAAGCAACUCUUUGACCAGGUGGUGAAGACCAUCGGCCUCCGUGAGGUCUGGUUCUUCGGCCUCCAGUACACCGACUCCAAGGGCGACCUAACAUGGAUCAAGCUUUACAAAAAGGUGAUGCAACAAGAUGUCAAGAAAGAGAAUCCGCUACAGUUUAAAUUCCGGGCAAAAUUCUAUCCGGAAGAUGUCGCAGACGAGCUCAUCCAGGAGAUCACACUCAAACUCUUCUACUUACAAGUAAAGAACGCAAUUCUCUCGGACGAAAUCUACUGCCCGCCGGAGACGUCAGUGCUGCUGGCGUCGUACGCGGUGCAGGCGCGCCACGGGGACCACAACCCCGCCGUGCACGGGGCCGGCUUCCUCGCCAACGACCGCCUGCUGCCGCAGCGCGUCACCGACCAGCACAAGAUGUCCCGCGAGGAGUGGGAGCAGAGCAUCACAAACUGGUGGCAGGAGCACGGCGGGAUGCUGCGCGAGGACGCCAUGAUGGAGUACCUAAAGAUCGCACAAGACCUCGAGAUGUACGGCGUUAACUACUUCGAGAUUCGCAACAAGAAGAACACGGAACUGUGGCUCGGCGUCGACGCCUUAGGCUUAAAUAUCUACGAGAAGGAUGACAAACUGACGCCGAAGAUCGGCUUCCCGUGGUCCGAGAUCCGCAACAUCUCGUUCAACGACCGCAAGUUCAUCAUCAAGCCGAUCGACAAGAAGGCGCCGGACUUCGUGUUCUUCGCGCCGCGCGUGCGCGUCAACAAGCGCAUCCUGGCGCUCUGCAUGGGCAACCACGAGCUGUACAUGCGGCGCCGCAAGCCCGACACCAUCGACGUGCAGCAGAUGAAGGCGCAGGCGCGCGAGGAGAAGCUCGCCAAGCAGGCGCAGAGGGAAAAGCUGCAGCUGGAGAUCGCGGCCCGGGAGCGCGCAGAGAAGAAGCAGCAGGAGUACGAGGACCGUUUGCGACAGAUGCAGGAGGAGAUGGAACGCUCGCAGGCGAAUCUGUUGGAGGCGCAAGAAAUGAUCCGGCGGUUGGAAGAGCAGCUGCGACAGCUGCAGGCCGCGAAGGAGGAGCUCGAACAGCGUCAGAAUGAACUGCAGGCCAUGAUGCAGCGCCUCGAAGAGACCAAGAAUAUGGAGGCGGCCGAGCGACAGAAGCUGGAGGACGAGAUCGCGGCGAAACAGGAGGAGGUGUCGCGAAUCCAGCAGGAGGUGGAGAUCAAGGAUACGGAGACGCGGCGCCUGCAGGAGGAGGUGGAGGAGGCGCGCCGCAAGCAGGACGAGGCGGCGGCGCUGCUGGCGGCCGCCAUCACGCCCACGCACCACCACGUGGCCGAGGCGGGCGACGACCAGGGGGAGGAGGCGGGCAGCGGCUCCGAGGCCGGCGAGGAGGCGGGCGGCGGGGAGCUGGCGCGCGGGCCCGACGACCUCGUCGACCCGCUGGCCGAGCGCCGCACGCUGGCCGAGCGCUCCGAGCGCCUGCACAACCAGCUCAAGGCGCUGAAGCAGGACCUGGCGCAGUCCCGCGACGAGACCAAGGAGACGGCCAUGGACAAGAUCCACCGCGAGAACGUGCGCCAGGGACGCGACAAGUACAAGACGCUGCGCGAGAUCCGCAAGGGGAACACCAAGCGCCGCGUGGACCAGUUCGAGAACAUGUAGACGGCGCCGCCCGCCGCCCGCGCCCGCCGCCACGCCCGCCGCUCCGCCCGCCGCUCCGCCCGCCGCUCCGCCCGCCGCUCCGCCCGCCGCUCCGCAUGCGCCCCGCGACACUGCGACGCGCUCUGCGUGCGACGUGUCGGAGCCGACUCUCGUCGUCGUCGAGGCGCGGCCGUCCGCGCGUAGGUCGAUUCGCGCGGUCCGACGUCGCAUUCGAAGUAGUCGAGUGCCAAAUAUUAACAGAUUUUCACGGUUUCGUUCGAAGUGUGAAACCGCGGAUUAAUUGCAAACGGGAGCCGUGGCGGCCGCCGGACCGGCUCGUGGACGUGUACGGAGUGAUAUCGAAGUUUUACAUACUGUUUACACCGUCCAGGCGAUAUUUAGCUGUUCGAUUGUCGGUAGAUUGUCACCUUUAUAUUCUGUAAUGGAGAGGUCGAAUUAGACCGGUGCUUGCGUGUUUUUACAAACAUCGGAUCCGUCGGGCGUCGUAGUCGGGACUAUUAAGUGUAAAUAUUGAUUAUUACUAUUAUUAAUAGUAAUUUUAUUUUAGACUAUAAUGUGCUAUAAUAACCGAAUAUGUAUACAUUGUUCGAGAAUGUAUCUUCGAAACCGAGAAUAUUGAGAUCGUAGAGGCACACAGAUUCGUUUAAUUAAUAUAAUUAUUUGUAAGUGAUUUGAAUUUUAUUCUAUAAUAAUGAUUAUGUAUCGAUCGGGAGCAUCAGUCAUAAAUUAAAGCGCUGUGUGCUUUGUUUUACUUUAACUACUUCUUUGUAUGUGGUAGGAACUUUUUAAAUUUAGUCGGCCUGUUAAUUAUUUUGUUGAUCGCACGUGAGAGGGAUGCGUGGCUGUCGGAAGGACGCGACUCAUUCGAAGAGUCCUGUAGCACUUCAGAAUAUAUCGUGUCGGUUUGAGCCGACGGCUAUAUCUUUAUAUAAAUCUUAAUAUUUAAAGUGUAAAACACCAAUAUUUUCGAGGAUAUUUAAAUUUACAGCUAGUUUUGCUCAAAGUGGAACAAGUGGCCGAAGUGUCUUGAGAGUAGUGGGGGGGGGGGGUGAAAGGGAGGGGCGACGGCCCUUAUUUAUUUUUAUAAUCAUUUAUAUUUUAGAUAUAGAAGUUUUCAUGUGUAAUUAAUUAUCAUUCGUUUCUGGAUCAAUUUGUCCCCUCGUUAUAUUAUAUUGUUCGAUGUUCCGUAUGUUUACGCUGAUAUUACGUUAUACGGUGUGUUGUGUAGUUUUAUAUCGGUUCGCUGAACGCCACGUCCCACUGAUGGCUGCUUCUUCAUCGGCCUACCUUUCUUAAUUAUUCAUACUUAAUUCCUGAACAAAAUUCUAAACUAAAAAAAAUAUAAAUAUUUAAUAGUAUGCUUAUAGGAUGUGUAUAAUGUUAUUUUUAAGUGUAUUAAAGGCAUUCCAUAUGUAACAAUGCGGUGGCGUGUACUUGGUUAUUGAAUAAAACUUGAGAAAAUAUUA